AUGGGAGAAGAAAAAGAGAUGAAAGUUGUUGAAGGUUUAGAUCUUGAAAGGUAUAUGGGAAGAUGGUACGAGAUAGCUUCUUUUCCGUCAAGGGAUCAGCCAAAGGACGGAGCAAACACGAGAGCAACAUACAAACUCAACACUGAUGGAACUGUUGAUGUUCUUAACGAGACUUGGAGUGGUGGCAAAAGAGGUUUUAUUCAAGGUUCUGCUUUUAAGGCUAACCCUAAUAAUGAUGAAGCUAAAUUCAAAGUCAAGUUUUACCUUCCUCCAUUCCUUCCAAUUAUUCCUGUUACGGGAAAUUAUUGGGUUUUGGCUAUUGCUCAUGAUUAUCAUUAUGCUUUGAUUGGUGAACCAACCAAGAAAUCACUUUGGAUAUUAUGUAGGGAGACUCGUUUAGAUGAUGAAAUCUAUAAUGAACUUGUUGAGAAGGCAAAGGAAGAGGGAUAUGAUGUUACCAAACUCCGCAAAACACCUCAUACUGAUCCACCCCCGGAGGAAGAAGGCCCCCAAGACAACAAGGGCAUUUGGUGGUUUAAAUCCAUUUUUGGGAAAUAG